AUGGGUAGAAAGCACAGAAAACCAAACCACUUUGCUCAAAGGAAGAGAUACAACAAGGGAAAAAUAGCAUUAGCACCGUUUGAUCGUCGUUCUGAGCCUUACAAGGAAAUAGUUCGCGAGAAUGCCAACUUUGAGACUUACUAUAAGCACGAAAAAGUCUGUCCAGAAGAUCAAUUUGAGAAAUUCAUGACUGCAAUGAGAGCAAAUUUGCCUACAACAUUCAGAAUAACUGCAUUUAAAGGAGAAUCCAAGCGUUUACUUGAAAUUGUCAAAGAAAAACUAUUUACUGACUAUAUAGCAGCUCUUAAGGACUUGGAAGAAUAUGAUGAGGAACAAUUAAAGCCAAAAAGUUUAUGCUGGUAUCCAGAUGAACUUGCUUGGCAGUUACAGUUGACAAGAAAGGACAUUCGACGUUCAGAAAAGCUGUUCCGUCUUCAUAACUUCCUGAUUGCUGAAACUAAAAGUGGAAAUAUCUCUAGACAAGAAUGUGUAUCAAUGAUUCCGCCGAUCCUUCUCGACGUCAAAAGCCAUCACAAAUGCGUAGAUCUAUGUGCCAGCCCUGGAAGUAAGACUGCUCAAAUUAUUGAGGCACUUCAUUCAACAAGCAAUGGAAAAAUCCCAUCUGGAUAUGUCGUAGCAAAUGAUAUAGACAAUAAGCGUUGCUAUAUGUUGGUCCAUCAAGCUAAAAGACUGAAUUCUCCUUGUUGCCUCAUCACAAACACUGACGCUGGUCGAUUCCCAAAUCUUUUUGAUAGAGAAAAUAAAAUAAUUAAAUUUGAUCGAAUUCUUGCUGACGUUCCAUGCAGCGGCGAUGGAACUUUGCGUAAAAAUCCAGACAUUUGGUUAAAAUGGAGUCCAGGACAUGCAAUUGGACUUCAUGGUAUGCAAUAUAGAAUCGCUAGACGUGGUGCUGAAAUGCUCGCAGUUGGUGGACGAAUGGUAUACAGCACAUGCAGCAUAAAUCCUUUAGAAAAUGAAGCUGUAAUUAGUCGAUUGAUUCGUGAAUGUGAUGGGGCGUUAGAAAUCGUUGAUGCUUCGUCUUAUGUUAAAGGAUUAAUUUACAAUAAAGGAAUGACAUCAUGGGAACCGGCAACAAAAGAUUUAAGAUUUUUUAAAAGCUUCGAUGAAGUUCCAGUCGAUACACAAACAGUUAUUCAUAAGGAAAUGUUCCCACCAGAUACAGAAACAGCAGCAAAAUACAAAUUAGAGAAUUGUAUUCGAGUUCUGCCUCAUCAUCAAGAUACAGGUGCUUUCUUUAUUGCUCUAAUUGAGAAGAAGUCAUUGCUACCUUGGGAAAAAGAAGUUGAUGAUAAAUCUAUUGAAAGUUCAGCACGUAAAAUUGUUGAAACUGAAAGCACUAAAAAUGGCGAGGAACAACCAGAAAAUGCAAAGAAAAAGAGGCGAGUACAUUAUGGAUAUCGUGAAGAUCCUUUUGUAUUUUUUGAGCCUAAUGAAGAAAUUUUCACAUCAAUUAAGAAAUUCUACGAAUUAAGUGACGAUUUUGAUCCUUCAUGCUUAUUAACUAGAUGUAAUUUCGGCAAGAAGAAGAAUAUCUAUUUAUGUUCACCAGAAAUGCGCGAUGUUUUGCGUAAAAAUGAAGAUAUUAUUAAAGUCAUUAAUUCAGGUGUUAAAACAUUUUCACGAUGCGAUAAUAACAGAAAUAUGGAAUGUAGCUUCCGAUUGGCUAAUGAAGGCCUUCAUAAUAUUGAUCAAUUUGUUGGAAAUAGACGUCGGAUACAUGUUGAAAAUGAGGAUUUGGUAAAGAUUUUAAAUAAUUUAAAUCCAAUUGAUCCACCAAAAAUUCGAGAUUUAUCAGAAACAGUACAGAAGCAACAUAGUUUAAUUCCAUCUGGAAGCUGUAUUAUUCAUUACAAGGAUGAUAAAAUUGAAUUACAUUUAGUCGGUUGGCGAGGAACGUCCACUUUUAGAGCGUAUAUUGAUGUUGAUGACUCAGUUCACAUGCUAAGAUUACUUGGAAGUGAUAUAUCUAAAUAUGAAACAAAUAAGUUCGAAGAAAAGGCAAAACGUGAAAAAACAGCUGAUGACGACACAAACAUCGAGAAUAAUGGAAAGGAAAACACCGAGAAUGUGGGAAUUUCCGAGCGAACAGAAGAGGAAUUACUUGGCGAGGAUGAGCUAAUGGAUGUAAAUCAACAAGAUAUAACUGAAGCAGCAGAAGAAGAACUUUUAGCUGAUUAA